CUCAUCGUCACUCGUCGCUUAAUGCUGACGCUGCCCGCUCGCCCGUCCGCCCGCCGCCAAUGUGCGGACAUGUUCGCCAACGUUUGGCCCCCGGUUUGAACCUUGGACCCCUCCCCCGCCAUCACGCACUCCUCGGUGCCGCAGAGCCCAGAGCCCUCGCCACAAACGGCCGCCAGCUCCCCCUGCGAGCGAGCGAGCGAGCGAGCCUUGUCGGAACAAAAGUCAUCUUUCCCCCAGGGCGCACAUACGUUCAGCACCGUGGGAGAAGGCGAGAAGCCAGACGCAAGGCGAACAAGGGGCGAAUCGCAUUCAAAGGAGGGUUGCCCUCGCUGUCCUGCCGGCGCCGUGUUUGAUCACAGCCUUACGUUGGUUGCACUGCCGCCUUCGCCUCAGCCCCUCGUCGUAAGCUGGUUUGACUGCAUCCGUCCUGCCGCGUGAGGUGUCGGGACGCGAGCCGCACCGCCCGUCGGUCGCGCGCAGAGGAUAGGGAUAGGAUAUAUACGACCCGGGGAUAUGAUAAUCGCGGCACGUCAACGACGACACCAAGCGACGGACGGUUCGUGUUGAGUUGGCAGACCCGUGCCGCACCAAUUCACGCACAUCAACUCCUCUCACCAAGCCACUCGCCAGCAACACCGACGCCGCCGCCAUGGGCUUGCGCGACCUUAUCAAGAAGAAGGACGACUUGGCAGGGAAGCCGCAGGCUGAAGGGGCCGUUCACGGGCUUGGUGGACCCGAGUUUACCUUUAUACGGACCGACACCGUCUCGCAGGAGCUCCUGUACCCUCCGGGCGACGGCGCCAACGACACCUCGUACUUGUCUGCCCCCGUGGCAGCCUCCCCGACGAGCGGGAGGUCGCCGCGACGGAGUCUGGACGUCUUCCACCGCUCUCGCAGUGCAUCCGUCUCCUCGCAAGCCAGUCACCAGUCCUCCCCCACCACAAAGCGGCGUCUUUCGCACCGUCUGCACCUCAAACGGCAGCCCGAGUCGUCAGAGAAUGUCCCCACCAACCUCCCCGACAUCGCCGCCGACCCCAAGGACACGGAAGGUGCCGAGUCGCAAUGGGAAAAGCGUGCCACCAUAUUGGCUGGCCAAAAUGAACUGGCGAGAAGUCGCCCUGCGUCUCCCGGGCCUGAGGCUAGGAUGGCCGACAUGAGCCUCGGCACCCGGCAGCGCGGGAGGUCAGUGUCGUCCAAGCAGAUUGACCAGGACAUUCAAGAGGCGAUCCAGCUGCACGAGUCCGGGCACCUGGAAAAGUCGACGGUUCUGUUCGCGAGGCUUGCGGACCCGCAAGGGGCAAACAACCCUCUGAGCCAGGUGCUGUACGGGCUCGCGUUAAGACAUGGCUGGGGAUGCGAGCCAGACCCCCAAGGGGCGGUCCGCUACCUUUCAGCGGCGGCAUCCAAUUCAGCGGCUGUUGAACAGAUGGCGCUUCAGGCCGGCCUCAAGAAGGGGGGCGCGGCCAAAGGAGAGUUGGUCCUGGCCAUAUUCGAGCUGGCCAACUGCUUCCGUCACGGCUGGGGAAUACCCAAGGAUCCCAUCGCGGCGAAGCAGUACUAUGAGACUGCAGCGAACCUUGGCGACACUGAUGCUAUGAACGAGGUCGCCUGGUGUUAUCUGGAGGGCUUUGGCUGCAAGAAGGACAAGUUUGCAGCGGCAAAGUACUACCGACUGGCGGAGAAGGCGGGAAACAAGACUCUUGGUAACACUUGGAUCUGGAAAGAAAAGUAUGACCCGCCGGGUGAGGGGGCAAAGAAGAAGUAAAUCACAGGUCGCCGCAUUGGUGAAAUGCAUCCUGACACGAUAUGGUGGGCAGAUAUGCAAGUACUUUGGAAAUUAAGCAUUUACAAGCGUUCGUUCCACGACGGGCUCCAUUAUUAUGCGUCCCACUCAUCAUGGACCCAAUGGUCUAGAUACGCGCGCGCCUUUGGAAAGUUGGUUGACGCAUAAGCAAGUCCUUUCCCGCCAUGACCCUGCUUGUAGUGAUUGUACUGGGAAAGCAAGCAAACGUGUGUGUUGAAUCAACGUUGAAGUGCCUUAAUAUCAGUACACUCCCGCGUUUCACAAGACAGAGCGGUCAACCAAGUGCGAGACAAAGCUUUAGACAUACAGGCUGCUUCCCUCGCGAGCCGCGUACGCAACUAAUGACUGCUUUGCUGGCCAAUGACAGGGAACAAUAAUAAUAGUAAUGAUGCGGCCUGUUUAGGGGGCGGGAAUCCUCUCGGAGAGGAUCCACGGCAAGUUAUGGAGUACUGUACAUGCUAUCCGUUUAACAGUCGUAAGGCC